GGAGCGACUCUAAAAUAUUCCCCUCUCUUCCGUCUCCUCUGGGUAUUCACUAGUGAGCAAGGAUAUUAUCAUCAUUCCAAAGUAGGGCUGUUCUAGGGAAAAUGCAAGUCUUAGGUGUCGUUGCGUUUAUAUUCGCAGUAUACUGCGUGCAUGCAAAGGUUUACUUUCGGGAGGAGUUUCUGGACGGUGAUGAAUGGACAAGUCGCUGGGUGAACUCCAAACACAAGUCUGACUAUGGAGAGUGGAAACUGACGGCUGGGAACUUCUACGGAGAUGCUGAGAAAGACAAAGGUCUCCAGACAAGCCAGGAUGCUCAUUUCUAUGCUGUCUCUUCCCGUUUUGACCCCUUCAGCAACGAGGGCAAGCCUUUGGUCAUUCAGUUUACUGUCAAGCAUGAGCAAAAGAUUGACUGUGGUGGUGGCUAUGUGAAGGUCUUCCCUGCUGGUUUGGAUCAGGCUGACAUGCAUGGAGAAUCCUCAUACUACAUCAUGUUUGGUCCUGAUAUCUGUGGCUACAGCACAAAGAAAGUCCACGUCAUCUUCAAUUACAAAGGAAAGAAUCACCUCAUCAAGAAAGAGAUUAAGUGCAAGGAUGAUGAGCUGACCCACCUGUACACGCUGAUCCUGAAUCCAGAUCAAACCUAUGAAGUGAAGAUUGACAAUGAGAAGGUAGAAUCUGGCAGUCUGGAGGAUGACUGGGACUUCCUGCCUCCUAAGAAAAUAAAGGACCCCGAAGCCAAGAAGCCAGAGGACUGGGAUGAUCGUGCCAAGAUUGAUGAUGCUGAUGACACCAAGCCAGAGGACUGGGACAAACCUGAAAAUAUUCCAGACCCUGAUGCUAAAAAGCCUGAAGACUGGGAUGAGGAUAUGGAUGGAGAGUGGGAGCCACCCAUGAUCCCCAACCCAGAGUACAAAGGAGAAUGGAAACCCAAACAGAUCGACAACCCUAACUACAAAGGACCCUGGGUGCAUCCUGAGAUUGACAAUCCUGAAUAUAGCCCUGAUUCAAACAUCUACAAGUUUGACAGCAUUGGUGUUUUAGGUCUUGAUCUUUGGCAGGUGAAAUCUGGUACCAUCUUUGACAACUUCCUGAUCUCAGACGAUGUGAAGGAAGCAGAAGACAUUGCAAAGGAGACAUGGGGUGUGACAAAGGAACCAGAGAGGAAAAUGAAGCAGGAGCAAGAUGACCUGAAACAAAAGGAAGAGGAGGAGAAGAACAAAGAACAAGAUACUCAAGCUGAGGAGGAUGAAGAUGAAGAUAUUGAUGAGGAGGAGGAGGAAGAAGAAGAAGAGGAAGAAACAAAGGAUGAUAUGGAGGAAGCACUUUCAGAAAUGGAGGAUGAGGACGUAAAGCUUAAAGAUGAGCUUUAAGGAGGGUUGUCCAGAGAUUUUGUCUUUCCCUCCAUUAGAAACUCUGUCCUAUAAUUCCCAGGGGUAUUGUGGCUGCUGUGCAUCCUUUCCCUGAGAUCUGGACACAACCUAACUUGGGGGCAAAUGUAGUGAAGUGGGGCAGGUGGGUGUUAAUGGACUUAGUUUCUCUAUCAUUUUGGUCUUGAUGUUACCCUGUUGCCCCUAAACAGCUGGAUUGAUUGUAAGAUUUAUGCCGACAAAGCCCAUUCCUCAUUUUGUAAUAACAGAGAAUAGAAAGGCACUGACAUCCACUGUUUUCUUGAUUUUUCUUUAUCUACACAUAGACCUUAUUUGCAGAUUCCCUUGCACAUUUGCUCAUCUGAGUAUGGUUGACCAGAACCUGUGAUAAAAGUAUGGUAAAUAUGACAAAUUGAGAUCUGCAGAGAAAAAGGAUUACACAUUCAAAAUGAAACAAGUUCAGCUUAAAAAAACAUCUAUUUCAGCCCAGUGAAAUAUAAAAGGCACAUAACUGAACAUACAAUGCAUAAACCAAAAGACUUACAGCAAUAGAAAACCACAAAAUACAGAGAAAUGAAAACUGUAACAUGAUGUAACUUAUUUUGGUUAUGUCUUUGGCACUGACUUUUUAUUUUCCUUUCCACACUCUUUAAGGUAUAAUUGAAUGAAAUCUAAGUACACAGUGAAAUUGUUUUUCUACAUUGAAAUGGCAUAAAUUCAACAUGUCUUCAUGGUAAUGUGAUGGGACCUGCAUUAUAUCAUGAAAGUCUGGAGAAACAGAUGGUGAGCCCCUGGUGUGACUCAUGACAUCAGUAAGGGUCACACAUUUAUUUUUAUUGGACAGAAUGUUAUUGAUACCAAAGUUUUUAUUAAAAGAGUUUAACCUUA